AUGAACGAUUUGCAAGCAGAUUGCGUCGGAAGUCAAAUGGAAGGUUAUUUCAGUCAGUUCUCAGUGCUGGACUUGAUUGCGCUCAUUAAAGGAGGCAACCAAGACCCUGUCAUUGAAGCUGUGCUGCAAUCUCUGACAAAGAAAAUACCGAUUAAACUUGCCGAUUGUGCUGAGGCAGACGUUUGUGGGCGCACAAUAGUUAUAAGUGGUGGCAGUGAGACUGAUAAAGAGUUAUUUCCUUUACAAGAUCAAUUUGUUGUUGAAAGCAAAGUCUCUACUAUUGUUGAUGUCCUAAACUUGAACGUCACCCCUCAAGCACUUUUCACUUGGUAA